AUGCGAGCUUAUUUAUAUCGUCGUAAUCGUACCCGCAAUAAUUCUGAAUAUGAACCGUUACUUCGGGAGCCUGGACCUACCCGAAUCCAAGAUGAUGAGCAGACACAAGCAAACAACGGGAUGGCGGAGAUCGGAGUGUCACAGGCUGCACUGGUCGAGCCCCGUGGGGACACAGGGCGCAAACUACCCCAGUACAUUGCAGCUUUAACAGCUACCCUGGGAGCAUUAGCAGCUGGUUCCAUGCUUGGAUGGUCAUCUCCAGUCGUAUUUAAAAUAACGCAAGCCAACAGCACCGAUUAUGAAUUUGAAGUGUCAAGUUCAGAAGGUGAUUGGGUUUCUUCCCUCGUUAACUUGGGCGCUGCGGCAGUUUGCUUCCCUAUCGGACUCAUAAUGGACGCUCUAGGACGUAAGAAAACUAUGCUGUGCCUUGUUUUGCCCUUCACCCUGGGAUGGCUACUGAUAACAUUUGCAAGCAAUGUUGGAAUGCUUAUGGCUGGAAGAUUCAUCACCGGUAUAGCUGGUGGAGCCUUUUGUGUCACAGCUCCAGCCUACACCAGUGAAAUAGCUCAAGACUCUAUCCGUGGAACCCUUGGCAGUUACUUCCAACUUAUGCUCACAAUUGGUAUACUGUUCUCUUACGUCGUUGGAAGCUACACCAGUGUUUUUGUUUUCAACAUCCUGUGUACAUUGAUUCCUAUCAUAUUUGGUAUUGUUUUCUUCUUUAUGCCCGAAAGUCCGAACUAUUUAGUCGUAAAAGGAAGAAAUGAUGAUGCAAAAGAAGCGUUGAUCAGGCUUCGUGGCAGAAAUUACGAUGUCGAUACUGAACUAAGCUUAUUAAUUAACAAGGCAGAGGAAGCAAAAAAUAACCCAGUGUCCUUUUCAUCUGCUAUUACGAAAAAGACUGCUCUAAAGGCCAUCCUUAUUUGUUAUGCUCUGAUGUUGUUCCAACAGUUGUCUGGUAUCAAUGCUGUGAUUUUCAACACGUCGACUAUUUUCGCCAGUGCCGGUGCAACUAUUCCAACCGCCAUUGCAACAAUUAUUAUUGGUGUCAUCCAAGUUAUAGCCACAUUUGUUUCCAGUUUGGUCGUUGAUAAAUUGGGCAGAAGAGUGCUCCUUCUAUUCUCUGCUCUAGUUAUGUGUUUUUGUUCAACUGCCCUCGGUGUGUAUUUCUUCAUGCAGGAGGUUCACGGAGCUGGUUCUUCUAUCAUAGAAGCCAUUUCAUGGCUGCCAUUACUGUCUCUUUCGUUAUUCAUUGUCGCUUUCUCAUUGGGCUUUGGACCCAUUCCUUGGAUGAUGGCCGGUGAGCUUUGCUUGAUCGAUAUCAAAGCCUUUGUCAGUUCCACUGCUGGUACUUUCAACUGGCUGCUUAGUUUCACUGUCACUAGUACAUUCAACUUCUUGAACAAUGCUAUCGGACAAGGUCAAGUAUUCUGGAUGUUUGCAGGCAUCAUGUUAUUAGGCUUCGUAUUUAUCUUCUUUAUCGUACCGGAGACAAAGGGAAAGAGUGUGGAUGAAAUCCAGAUCAUGCUUGGCGCGGAACCACAGACUCAAACAAAUUCUACAAACAAGAAAUAA